AUAAUGAUGCAGAAUUACUUAAAAUCCAAAUAAAACCUCUGCUACAAGUGGGAAUCAAACAUUAAGUAUGAUCGAUCGCUUUAUGGUUUGUCGCGAUGUAGGCUGGGAAUGGCACGUAGAUCGGGUACGUGCAGCCUGAAGUGAAAGGAGAAACUAUAAUGACGCCAGCAAUACGGAGCAUCACAUAAUACUGCAUUGAUUGUACUGCUGUUUCGGCAUGAUGCAUGCGACCCGCAAGACGCACCCCGAAAAGUUAAAUAUUUUGUUCGGAAAAACAAGAGGAAAAACAGACAGAGAAAGAGAAAGUGAAGAAAGCCCACAGCCAGGCCAAAACGAAGUAACGAUGAAAGAAGACGGAGCUGAAGCGCCACAUGAAAAAAAGAUCGGGGGAGACGGCAGAAAUUUCUUCCCGAGACUGACGGUGAAGUUUAGUUUUAUGCAGAAAAGGAAAAGUGACACCAGUGUCCGGAGAAGCCCAUCGUCUGAAGGUGGUACUCAGACAGCUGCACUUCCUUUUGAGGAAAAUCUAGCCCAGCUGCGUCUAUGGGAGGCGGGCCAGCAACUGAUCGCCCGAGAGGAACAGCUGUUUGGUUCGCCUGGAGAGAAGGAGGCUGAGUGGGAAACAGAGGAGGCUGCACUGCGCAAGCACUACAAGGCCCUGCUCCUUAAGGUCCAGGAGGUGGUGCGGGACACCCUGGAUUGCAAGACCAAGGAGAGCUCCCUUAAGUCAGCAGUGAGUGCCAUCAUGGAGGAGGAGAAGCAAGAUCAACAGUGGCGUAAAGCAAUGGAGGGUCAAGUGCCACCAUGGAGGCCACAGGGGUGGAGACAGACCCACGAUCGUAUGCUGGAAGAGCUGGUGACUCUGCGGAUAAACCGGCUGGACAAGGUGCAGGGGGUGGAGAACCUGUCCUCCAGCCUGAAGACGGACAUCUGCAAGAUGGGCAAACUGGUGAAGGAUGACCUGCUGAGGGUUGUGCAGAACGUGAAGGACUGCUACCCAGAAGAGUUUGACAUAUGUAACCUGUAUGCUAGGCUGUAUCACCAGGCUUUCUCGGAACGUCUGCAGGAUUUAGCCACGUCUCCCAUGGAAAUAGAGGACUGCACCUAUUUCAUCUCCUGGGUGUAUGAUCACUACCCAAACAACGUACUGAGGCACAAAAGUCUUCAAACAAGCAUAGACCUACAGGCACUUGGACCUCUGCUGCCUGAAGAUGUGGUCCAGCCCCUGGAACAGCAGUACCUCUCCCAUGCUGAGAGCCAGCUAGGCACGUGGAUAUCCAAGGCCCUGACCGAUGAGAACGCGGCAUGGAAAAAAGGAGAUUUGCCCAAAAAGGAGGACGGAUAUUAUACCACAGCCAUGACUUUUCCAGUCAUCAAGCUUGUUGAUGACUGCGUAAAGGAGGCAGGCACCAUUCUGGGAGACAUUAUGAAGGCUCAGAGGAUUGUGUGUCAGCUGGGGCCAUUUUUACAAAGCUAUAGGGAAUCCCUGAAGAAUCAAAUGAAAGUGAAACAGAUCAAUGUGAAACCAAUAAUAAAGGGCAGCUUAUCAGGCAUCUGCCAGCUCAGGGACUAUAUUGUGGUUUCCAUGGACCCCCAGCCUGAAGAUGUGAGGGUCAGACACCUGGACAUAGUGAAUGACAUGGAGAAGCAGUGCUAUAAGUACCUGAUAAACAGCAUACAAAGUGACAUAAAGCCACAUUAUAAUCAGCUGGGGACAGCAUCAUGGCUGAGUGACGGCAGCGUGAUGACGGAGCUGCUGAUGAAGAUUAGGGAAAAUGUGGAAGCCCACAAGGACAUGAGGCCCAGCUGCCUGCAGGCGCUGGUAGCACACCUGCACCUGCAGAUGAUGGUGGAGUACGUGAGGAAGCUAAUGAAGAGGAAGCUGAGGCUGAAGUCACGAGAAGAAGAGGACAGACUGGUGGAGAGACUGUGUGAGGACAGCCAUGCCCUGAAUGACCUGUUCAGCCAGGAGGGCUCCAAGGAGGAGUGGCUGAGUUCUGUUCUCCCCGGAAUUGCUGAAGUUCUGAAGCUGCAAGACCCAGAGGCCAUUAAGCUGGAGGUUCUCUCACUGGCUCAGAAAUAUCCAGACAUCAGGGAAGAGCAUGUCUGCGCCCUGCUGUACCUCAAGGUCCAUCUCUCAAAGGACAACAUAGCAAGCAUACAGAAAAGCUUGGUGGAGAACCACAUCCCAUCUGUGCCCACAACUAGCCAACCCUUUUACUCUAUGGUGCAGGUCAAGUGGAUCUUCAAGGUUGCUCCCUUGAGAUCACAGCUCACAGCUACAGGACUACCCAAAAUUCCCUAGCAGUUUUCAAUGCUCUUAGCCUAGCCUGUUGUACUCUCCAUUUUUUAAACAUUUGUUAUAUACUGUAUAAUGAUUCACAGGCAUAUGAGGCUAUGAUUUGUACACAUUCUGUUUCAGUUUGCUGUGUAGUCUUCUGAACCUGUCUCAUUAUUACUGCAUUUACUGUAUAAAGCAUGGAUGUGUGUACUUGUAAAUUCUAACUCUGAUCUUUAGGCUCUUGCACUCAUCAAGUGCAAGUCCACAAACAUGCAAAACACCUGUGAUAUCUGCUGUACUUCAAAAAUAACAGAGCUGUAGUCAAGACCACCUUUGUCAAGUCCAAGACAAGCCCAGAACCAGUCCAAGGGCAAAUACCAAGGAGACCAAAAUAAUAUAAAAAUGUCUUGAGACAGGAUUCGAGUCUAACUACAACCCUGAAUAAUAGAUUAUUAAGCUUUUAGUGCAUAAUGUAACCACAUGCUCUCCAAGUACCAUUUCAGUUAUCUAAUAUAAAACAAGGAGUCAUUCAAGAACCUUAAGCUGAAUAUAAUGUGAACUAUUUCAUCCAUUGCCUGGAUCACUGUCUUUGUUACAGGCAGCUUGUUGACACUGUUGUGUCAAGACAGCUGGAGUGUAUGAGGACAUUUUUACCCUGUCUUCUGGGUAUUUUGGACUGUUUAUAUUUGCUAUCCGGCUCCUUCAAAGGUCUUUUGAGGGCUGCCUGUCCAGGGAAGGGAAAGCUGUUGUGGAACUACAGUGGUACCUCAGUUCUCAAACUUAUUAGAACUCGAAUUUCUUAAAAGUCGAACCAACCAGUUCAAAAAAAAAUUACCUAGAGCUCGAUCUGAAUCUCAGAAGUCAAACUGUGAACG